AUGGACCUGAAUAGCACGAGUGGCUUCUGUCUUGCCAUCUGUUACUUGCUUCGGGUGACUCCUGGCGAUGGAUAUGUCCAUUUUGGAAUGAAGUGCUCUUCUUUAUGUUCCAUGAACAUGGGCACGAGUGGCCGCAGCGCAUGUGCAUCGACUGGACGUGAAAGCUGCCCUUCUGUGGUCUACACGAACCAACUGCUCGAACGGACCACGCUGCUCGUUCUGCUCUGCACCUGCUUGGGCUUGGUUUGGACUGUUGAGCAGCCAGCUGGUUCGGUGCUUGAGUUCUACCCUGCCUGGCGAUGGCUAGUCGCUAGAAUGUGUGAUGUUAUCGGACCUUAUGCAGUCAGCAAGACUUCCUUCUGGAUGGCACACUAUAUGUCCCAGACUCCGAAGAGACACUGGAUGUACUCCAAUUCCUGUGUGGUGGGUCGGCUGAACAAAGGAAGCUUGUCCGUUAAGAAAAUCCCAGGCCGGAAACCAAUCACCGUCCGGCGAUACAAGGGCAAGGACGGCCGGACAAAGUACCAGGGUACGAAGGCUUUACAGGGCACAGAGCGAUAUCCCGUGGCCUUCGCCAGGGAGAUGCUUCGCCUGUUGAGCGACCUCAAGAAGCAUCGGGCAAUUUUGCCGCCUUUGCCUGGCAACCUUCCCUCGGGUCAAGAGAUGCUAGGAAGCCUUCCUUCGGACUUUGGUCGGGAUGAGUUCAGCUGUGCUGCCGUUUCCAAAGUGUACAACUAUCUGAGGGGUGGAAAGAACCUCAAUAUUCCAUCUAGCUGGCGGGCCGUGCUGCCUCCAGGGUUCCUCUAG